CUGUGAGUAGCCGGUGGAAAAGCUUAUAGGUCACUGGCACAGGCCGGUGGAUCGCCAGUCACUAUUGCACGAGCACGAGAAUUUUCUCGCCGCGCGUGCUCGAGGAGCGCAUGGCGACGAUCAUUCACCGGUCGAUCGUGAUCACCAGGAGGAGGAGGAUCCGGUGCUGAAGAUUCCUCGCGAAAUCAUCGCUUCCCUGGAUUGAGAUUUUCGGCUCGAUUCGAGAGAAGAGCUUCUCUCAGAAGUAUCAACCAAUUCACGGUCGAUACGAUCGAUCCAGCUCGAAAUAUCGACCAAUUCCGGUGAAUCGCGAGGGAUUUCAAGGGAAAUUCGGUGAAUCGGGAGGGAUUUCAAGGGAUUUCCUAUGGGAUCCCGGCCCAAGAUCGUCAUGGCGCCCUCUCCACGGAGGGCGCCCAAAGUGGUACCGGACAAGAAGAGGCCGCUGGAGAUUCACAUCAUCUCCGCCCAGAGGCUGUCCAAGGUGUCAUACUUCCAGCGGACGCGAGCCUACGCGGUGGCAUGGAUCGAUUCACAGCACGAAACCAAGCUCUCGACGCCCGUGGACAGGAAGGGCGGGCGCAACCCGAGCUGGAACGCGAUCCUCACAUUCUACGUGGACACGGACGAUCUGGUGGAGCGCCACGGCAUCAACGCGGGCAUGACAAUCGAGAUCUACACCAAGGCGUGGGUGCGAGACAAGCUGAUUGGCAGCGUGCGCGUGCUCAUCGCGGAUCUCGUCAAGGGAAUGCGCGAGAGCAAAGGUCUGUGCUUGAGCUUCAUGGUGAUCCGGCCAUCGGGCUUGCGCAAAGGGUUGCUCAAUUUGGGAGUGAGGCCCGAAAGGCUCUACUACGAUGAUGACAUCGUCGUCUACCAGCCGCCUCCCCCUCCACAGCCCGGGGCAGCGAGGGGGUGACUUGCUCGAUCGAUGGAGCAAUCUAUAAAAUGCUUAGAGAGAUAAAUACAAAUUAAAAAAUUUGUGGAUAAUCUUAAAAUAUUCAGCUAUAUUCCUGAA